AGUCAUGGAUGAAGCAGCCAGUCCAGAGACGUUAAGCAACUUGCACCAAGUCACACAGCAGGGAAGAUGUGAAGCAAACCUCUGAACCCCGACCUUGUGCUUCUCCUAAUGCAAUGCAUGCAUGCCAGCGAAGAGUGCCUGCCGCUUCCCCGAGCACCCCACCGAGCACCCCACCGGGGCCGGCGGCUAGUCCUUGGAGCCGGGUACAGGACAAGGUGCAGGAACUGGUGACCAGGGCCAGAGAGAAGUGGCAGUGGUUCUGGGGGCCAGAGGCUUUCCAGGGCUUCCUGCAGGCCUACUAUGAUGACCACCUGAAGGACCUGAAUCUCCGCACCCAGGCCUGGCUCCGCAGCUCCAGAGACAGCCUUCUGAACAAGGCCCACGCCCUGUGCCCCCAGCUUCUGUGCAGGGACAGUGACACGAAUUAAAGUGCUACAGCCUCCAUAAUAAAGCAGUGCUUCUCUGUG